AUGGCGACCCACAUUUCUCAGGGCUCUCAACGGCGCGUACGUCGCGUCAAUACAAUACAAAACCUUGGCAGGGUCGUUCUACCCACAUCCGAGUCGAUCCCUACCUCCUAUCCCCCUCUAGACCGCUUUCAUCCUAUCCUCUCUGCAAUACCGUCUGUGGAAUGCCUCAAUGCUGCAUCUACCGACGACGAGGAUAGACACACCUCCAUGAACAUUGUUCCUCCCCUCCAUGCUCAAACCCAGUUUAGCAUCAGAAUCACCGACUCGAUCCAUCUGGUCGACUCUUCCAACCUUUCUUCUUCCUUCGACGACCUUUUUGGCCAGCGAGAUAUCGACCAUGGUGUCUCUAUCCCUUCUACGCACGCUGCCACCGAUACCCUGAAACCUUCCAUCCACAAAGUCGCCACUCCUCCUUCCGACACCGCUAUGGCCCCUUCUGAUGCAGCGACCCCUUCCACUCUCGAUGUGUCUGAUCAUGGUGCUGGCAUAGCUAUGGCAGAUAAUGUCACAAAUGCAGCCUCAGCUCCCUCGUCGGUCCAUGGUCGGUCUACCAGGAGGGUGGUCGUAGUACUCAAUGGUGACUCAUACGCGAUAUCACCUGAGAAGGUCACUGAAGUUCACUAA